UUACACUUCUGGACUCAAUUUUAAAAGUCAGUCAGAGAAGGUAGAGUCGGUGUUCGUCGGAAAGGCCGACAUUAGCUAAUAAAGUGCUACAUAUCCUUUGAUAGGGGAACUUUUUGAGAAGGUUACGUCUUUACAGAAUCUAACUAACAUGGCACAAAAACAGAUUUAUUAUUCAGACAAAUACAACGAUGAGUACUAUGAAUACAGACACGUGGUGCUGCCGCGGGAGCUCGCGAAGCAAGUGCCCAAGUCGCACCUGAUGUCGGAGGACGAGUGGAGGCGUCUGGGGGUGCAGCAGAGUCUCGGCUGGGUGCACUACAUGAUCCACGAGCCAGAGCCACAUAUUCUCUUAUUUAGAAGACCACUUCCGAAACACUAAAGCGGACUUCUGGGACAUUCGUGUUCACAAAUUUGGUAUUCAGUGAAUACUAGCCGGCCGACAAAUUGUGAGCUUUGCACGAGCUGUAUUUGCCACAGCAACAGCGCUCUGUUGGUUUUUCUAUGAAGAGUGUUCUGCUCUGAACUGCAUGGGGUUUGGGGAGUAAGCAUGUUGUGGAAUCCUGGACUGUUGUGAGUUGCCAAUCAUUUUAUCGGUAUCAAUAAAUGUUUCUAAGAAGCAGUUUGGUAUGUAUUUUAAUUCAUUCAAUCUGACUUAAAAUUAGACUCUCGUGCAUGUUGGAUAAUCAAACAUGGACUGCUGUAAAGUUCAGCAUAUUUGAUUUUCUCAGAUUCAGAAUUGUAUUGCUUUUUUUUUUUAAGCAGCAAUCCAUGAAAGCUGGAGUGGUUAGUCAUGGGUUACUAAAUGGUCAAAACUAUUAUAUGAAACUGACAACUUUAGACAUUUGUUUUUCUGGGUUUAUAGCGUUCCCAUUUUGGGCACGAGGGGGCACUAGAGUAUAAGAUUUAAUGGAGGUCAGAUUCGUGUGUGUGUGUGUGUGUGUGUGUAUUGUAUCUCUCUAUAAGAGUGGUAUGCAGGACAUCUAAAUCUUUUCUUACACCUUUCAAAUACCUGCUGUUUUCAGUAGGUGAUUAGUACCUGCUUAACACUGAGGUACAUCAUGCUGCAUCUCCCAGUAGUUUCAUGUGUUCGUUCCUCCUAGUUCUUAGUAGUUUAACAAUCAGUGAAAAUGUCUUUAUGGGCUACAUCAUGACUUCCGAAGUCCUAAUUUUAGACACAUUCCUUGAUUAUACUUGUAAGGGUACUGUCGUCCUCCUUUGUAUAGUGACAAAAUGCAUUGUUUCUCAUGGUUUAUUUCCCAAACUGUGCAUUGCUUAACUGUUUCACUAUUUCAUUAGUCAUAUUCCUGUAUAUCUUUCCUCUGAAUUUGCCUGUAAUUAACACUGCAUAUGAAUCCUUAUCUUAAACUCCAAGUCCAGUUGCCUUUGUUUCUCUUGCAGACGUUUCAUGACUCAUCCAAAUGGCUUCUUUGGUUCUAAAAUUUCUUCAAUGUUUGUAUGUGGCUGUGUGACAAUGUCCUCUAAGGUGAUUGUUCGGGUCGUUAACAGACCCCAGUAACUUGAGUCUCAAGUGGGCUCCACCCACAGAGGUUCCAAGUUAAAAACCUAAACUCCCCACCAGUCUUUUAGAACUGAAGCCACGUGGAUGAGUCCUGAAACAUCUUCAGGAAAACUCAUGCAAGUCCACUUGCCUCUGUUUUUAGAUAAACCAUGACCUGGAUAAUUGAGAAUCUUCAGACAUAUGAAUCCUUCAUUGCACUAGUCCCUGAAAUGUAAGUCUCUGCAGUGAUUAUAAUGCAAUAUUAACAGUUCCUGUGCCACUGCUUUUGGGCAAUGCUUUUCACAUUUUG